AUGUGCUUUCUGGAGGAUGACGCUACAACCAAAGUUGGAAAAGAGCGUGACCGUAUUAAGUCCUUUGACCAGCUUCAGAUCGACUGGGCCGUUGUUGGAAAGCAGCUGCAGUACUGCAGUAGACUCUUCCAGAGGGGAAAGAAAUUGUGA